GACAUCAAACAGAUUAGGGCGCAUGCAUACUUCUGCACUGUGGAUUGGAAAAACGUGACCAAUAGGGUCGGCAAGGGUUUGGAUACGAAUUUGCAGGUGCUUGCCUACUAAACUGACAUCCACUGUAGCACCCCUCAGAUACGACGAUAAGGAUCCUGACAUCCACUUACCACACUGUGAACACAACAUGACUGCUUCAGAAUCAAAGAAAGUGGCGGUCCACACAGAAGACGAACCUCUGACCUUAGUUGGAGAGAGAAUCGUGGAUUCAUUCACCCCCAUGCCGCAACGAAUAGUAAAACCCAAAACUGGAUCUCUCAACACACAUAAAGAUGCUAUUCUCAAGAUCCAAAGACGCAUCUCUUCACAAAGCACUCGCCUAGAAAUUGUUCCCGAAGCUUCUGACGAAGAGGAAUUCCUGGACGUAGGUCAGGUGGAAUCCAGCACGCAAGAUUAUGUACGAUGUUUCGGGCAACGCUCUGCAGUCAUGGACCUCGGACACACUCCAGCAGAUCCAUUAUCGUUGUGGGAUGCUCUUGAUUUGGAGAUCAACUCUGUUUCCUCGCACUAUUCCAACUCAAGCACAACCAGUCGCGAGGAGCCACGAGAGAUCUUUGGCACUCUGCGAAAAAGUCGGUCGGUAACCUUUCAAGAUCGUGCCCGUUCCACUCUAUCUAUCGCAAGCACUGUCCCUUCCACCAAAUUGCAUGUCCGAAAUAAGCUUCGCAAGAGGAUGCGGCCUGCAAGCACCCCUACACUUAGGUCUCCUCACCUUGAUCCGUUACUCAAGGAACUUCCACUUGGCGUCAAACAGAUCGGCUACGGCAUUGGUUUCAGCCCUAUGGAACCCCUUUCUUCUCGCUCGAAAACAGUUUAUCGAUCCGCUAUCCGUGCAUGUCAAAAGCUGGUGCCAGUCAUACGUCGCAAAAUCUCUAGAAAGACUCUAUCUAAGCGCGAAACAUCCACACCGAUAGAUUCAAGUAAUGCCCAUGAUGCGAUGGUAGUAAUGCGUGGGCUCUAUGGGCCAACCUGGACGCUUGGCAUGGAGUCCCUGCCACCUUCUGCAGUUACAGACACACUCUCUGCCACAACCAACGACUCAGAAGGCCCAGUGACGCCAGAGACCCCUUUCUUUGCUCAAACGGUAGGAAUAGUGCACCAUGAGGCUUCCACCCUUCGAUUGGUACCGUCCUCGGGUCUUCGGCCUUUUAUAUGAUUAUCCUUUCAGCCUCGCAAUCACGCCGCAUUGUAUUGACAUCGAUGUUCUCUCCCGAAGCUCAGUUUUUUCCUUUGAUCAGUUUCCUUGUCCAACUGUAGGACUUUGUCAUAACAAGGAUGUAUUAACACUCGCCUGUGCAUUAUCAUUGUUGUAAUUAAUAUGCAUGUAAUCCUUUGACCUUUUGUACAUGACAGUGGGUAGAUUCAAUAAGUGCAAACCCUCGAACGUUCAACGUUCAAUGGGCAGACAGUAAGAACUUAUGCAUUUCAAGGCUGCUUGUCACUUUGAG